AUGUCGCGUAGGCGAACACCAUACGCCGCUCCUCCAAGUAUGUACAGAAAGAAUAUCGUACCUCCUGAAGAUUAUUUGCGCGUUUUAGAAGUCUCGUUUGAUGAAGACUCCGACAAUUUGGAUAACGCAUCUGAUGUCGAUGAAUCGGAAGUCAUCGAACAUUCUGAUCAUGAAAGUGACUCAGAAAUUGAGGGAAAUGUUUCUAAACAUCCUCAUUUUCCUUCCUCAAAUGAUGUUUUCCCAAUAAAUGACGAUUUUAGUGAUAUUGAAAAUGACAUGAGUGACGAACUCACAAUCGACGAGAAGUUGGAACAUUUUCGCAGGAGGUGCUCUUUUAUUCAAUUCAUCUCCAACAAGCCUGCAAAGUAUGGUCUGAAAAUUUUUGCAGUUGUUGACUCACGAAAGUUUUAUACAUUGAAGCUUGAAAUUUACUGUGGCAAUCAACCCCCAGGACCUUACGAGGCUUCUAAUUCAAGUAUUGACAUUGUCAAAAGGCUAAUUGGUGCACACGAAGGUUCCAACUGUAACCUGACGACCGAUAAUUGGUAUACAAGCUACCCGCUAGCUCAAUAUCUUCUUACCAAAGGUAUAUCACUUGUGGGCACGUUGAGAAAAAAUAAAAAGGAAAUUCCAAAUGAAUUCCAGCCAUCAAAAACCAGAGAAGUCGGCAGUUCACUGUUUGGUUUUCAAAAGGAUAUGACAAUUGUUUCAUAUGCAACGAAAAAAAAUAAGUGUGUAAUACUGCUCAGUACUUUACACGAUGAUGACAAAAUUGACCAGGAAACGAAUAAAUCUCAAAUAAUCCUCGAUUAUAACAAAUGUAAAGGCGGAGUUGAUACCGUAGACUAA